AAAUACUAUAAAGAUAUGGGCGUGGAAACGAACAAACAAAUCUCCCACCCCUUAAGUUAAUCUUCCAUAUAUUUCUUUCAUCCUUUCCUUUUCCUUUUUCCCAUUAGAAACCAGUGGUGUUUAGAAAUUCACAUGCACUUUCCCAUUCUCAUCACCCAAAAUUCACUUUAGUCCCACCCCACUCCUCCCUCCGACCAACCACAAAAACUUGUUUCUGUACCCUGUAACAAUGAAAACAACGCUUCCUUAAAUAUUGUCCACUAUGAUCACUAAAUCACAUGUAUUAUUCCUCGUACUAUUCAUUCCAAUAAUCAAGGCCCAAGUGAACUCUCGCCACUGCCUCCAAACAUGCGGUUCCUCCCAACCCUUUCCUUACCCGUUCGGAUUCUCCUCCGGCUGCGGAAUCCGCCUCAACUGCACCGCCGACGGACCCUCCCUCGGAGACUUACCGGUCAAAUCGGUAACCCGCGACAGCAUACUCCUCUACAUCAAAUCCCAAUGCAAUCGCACAUUUGACACCGUUCACCUCUUCAGUCACAAAUACGCGCCCACUUCGCGAAACGUGCUUUUCCUAGCCAACUGCACCCAGUCGCUCUUGCCCUGCUCCAUACCGGAGGCUCUGGUGCGGACCAGAUUCGAUUCCGUGGGUUGCAACACCUCCGGCAACGGCGAUUUGAACUGCUACUACGACGAACUAACCAAGGGCUUCAUGAAUUACACUAGAUUCAACCAAAUUGGAUGCAAGUACUUUAUGUCCUCCCUUUCAUCGCCAAAUUACUCAAACGCUUCCGACGCGCCUUUGCCUCUCGAUAUGAAUACGAUACAACUUGGAUGGUGGCUCGGGGGAGAUCAAUGUCUAUGCUCCGAUCACGCCGAUUGUACCGUAAUUCAAUCGCCUCUUGACGGAAAACCAGGCUUCCGGUGUCACUGCCGCCACGGCUUCGUCGGCGAUGGCUUUUUGGCCGGAACAGCUUGCCGGAAAGCCUCGACAUGCAACCCAACGAAGUACUUAUCUGGCCGAUGUGGAGGAAAAUCGAGAGUCGUUAUCUUAAUUGGAGGGUUUGUUAUUGGUGUUUCGCUUAUGGUUACUAUGGGUUCACUAUGUUGCUUAUUCCGGCGGCGCUCCAAACUGAGAAUCACAAAGAGCACAAAAAGACGCUUAACCGAAGCCACUGGCAACAAUGACAGCGUUGCCAUCUAUCGCUACAAAGACAUCGAGAGAGCCACAAAUAGUUUCUCAGAGAAACAACGACUGGGAACUGGGGCAUUCGGGACGGUGUACGCUGGAAAGCUCUACAACGAUGAAUGGGUUGCCAUCAAAAGGUUAAAACACAGAGACACCGACAGUGUUGAGCAAGUAAUGAACGAGAUCAAGCUCCUUUCCUCGGUUAGCCACACCAAUUUAGUUCGCUUGUUGGGAUGCUCCAUUGAAUACGGAGAACAAAUCCUCGUCUACGAGUUCAUGCCCAAUGGAACACUCGGUCAGCAUCUGCAAAAGGAGAGAGGGAAUGGUCUUCCAUGGCCUGUUCGACUCACCAUUGCCGCUGAAACAGCACAAGCCAUAGCACAUCUUCAUUCAGCCAUUAGUCCUCCCAUUUACCACAGAGACAUCAAGUCCAGCAACAUACUUUUGGACCAGAAUUUCAGGUCGAAAGUGGCAGAUUUUGGUCUUUCUAGACUUGGGAUGACCGAAAGAUCCCACAUUUCAACUGCCCCACAAGGAACCCCUGGCUAUGUUGAUCCACAGUACCACCAAGACUUUCACCUCUCUGAGAAGAGCGACGUGUAUAGCUUCGGUGUUGUUCUUGUCGAAAUCAUAACGGGACUGAAAGUGGUGGACUUUUCACGUCCGCCUAACGAAGUGAAUCUAGCUUCUCUUGCUGCGGAGAGGAUCCAAAAAGGGGUUUUGGACGAGAUAAUAGACCCGUUACUUAAACCCGAAGCAAGUAGCGAUGCAUGGACCCUUUAUUCCAUUCACAAGGUGGCUGAGUUGGCUUUCAGGUGCCUUGCGUUCCACAGGGACAUGAGGCCUUCGAUGACAGAAGUGGCGUCUGAGUUAGAACAGCUUAGGUUGAAAAGGUGGACAACAUUGGCAGACAGCAAUUGUGCAACAUCGACGGAUUUGUCCUCUUGCUCUUCCUCUUCCUCUUCCAAUGAAAGUGAGAAACCACUGAGCACUGCAAUCAGGAAGGUUGAGCAAAAGGGUAAAGGGUGCCUCAAGCUCCAAAAUGGGCUUGGGCUUGUUACUUUAAAGUCAUUACAAAGGCCCAAUAGUAGCUCAACAGACCAAGAGUUGUGGUUGAGUGCAUAGCUCUCCUUUGUCAAUUAGUUUUCCAAGCAAGUCAUUUGAUUGAGCAAAGCUCACUGUUUCAUCAAAUCAAAUGCAGUAGUUUGCUUGUAAAUCAUUUGAAUUAACCUCGAACGAGGUAAACAAACAAACAAACCCGAAUUAAUGUGGGAAAGACAUGCUUCUGCACAGGGAAAAAUCCUUUUUUGUGUUAUA